UUCAAAAGUCUUAUAAUCUCAUUCAAAUUUCUCACUUCCCAGUUGAAUAUAUCUCAAGGAAAGGGAUAUAUUAUGAUAAAGUGUGUUAGUUAACAAUGAUUUGACUAUCCAAAUUAACCUUAUGAUGGUAAUUGGCAAGAAGCAGGGCGGUGGGCAACCCUACGAAUAAGGAAGGAGCAGAAAAUAUUUAGCCAAUAGAAGGCACCGCAUGGCCACAAAUUUAAGUAGGGUUUUGAUUAGAGAGACUCCAAUUUUUUGACCACGAAAGGAAGAAAACAAUGAGCCCAAUGGCUGUAGGUCAUUCCUGUUUUUGUUAUGCGUUGGAAAUUGGUCGGCAGAGGGAGGCAACAUUAUCCAUUAUCAGAUUUGUUCAUGAAGGCUAGCUUUUUUUCGUUUUAUCGGAUGUAACGACAAGUAUUGAGAUUUGAGAGUUCGUUUUCUCGACGUGUUAACUGUUAGAUACAUUUUGAAAUAGAGUAGAAGUUGGUUUUGUAAACAUUUUUAUGAGAUAUAUGUUGUGGGACAUUGGAUCUGGUGAUUUCGAAGCGGAUGACAUUCAAACGCUUAUCUCGUAGAAGAUCUUAUUGACAAAUAAUAUCACUGAAUCAUGUGUGAUAGAAUGAGCGCCGUCUAUCUCUAGGUAUGCAUGAGCUCGAGCUCGUUAAUCCAUCCUCGACAAUUUGUUCGAUUCUCAAAGACGACGAUGAGAACGUCUAUUUUAAACGUCAGAUUACUAUAGAACAUUCUUCUUCCUCUCUUACAUACAAGUUACCUAAAUGUAUGGAUUGUGAAGACGAGAGGUAGUGAUGAUUUUGCCAUCAAACUAAACAUUCAAAGUACUUAAAAUGGAUGGAAUCGAUUAAACCCAUUAAUUACAACAAAGCUCAUCGAAGAGACAAUUGAAAUUAAGUAACAAGACAAAGUUUUUCUGAUUUCUUAGGUGUCGUUGCUCCCUAUUGUUGCCACUAUAACAUGUGAGUGGCUGGCCCAACUGAUAAAGAGGACCAUAUGAACUUGGCGUCAUCCUCGCCUUCUUCUUAUAUAAUGCUUUGUUUUUCUUCACGGGUGAGGCUUUAUUUGAUCAAUGCAUUGGUACCUUUCCAUAGCUAGAUCAUGGACGAGCCUUGGUAAAAUCAAAAUCCAAGUCAGUUCGAAGAGCCCCUAACCAUUCUCAAGACUUCUGUUGAGACUUGAGAGUAGUAUACCCGCCACGUUAGUACGAUAUUAUUCGCUUUUGGUAAAAGAAUUGCACGAAUUUGUUUUUGGACACCUUCUCAAAGGGACUAGGUACUAAUAGAGCUAGGCAGACACUUGUAUACAAGAAAACAUUCUCUUAUUUUCCGAUACGGUAGUUAGAUUGUACUCCAACAAUCCUUCCUCUACACUAAGGAACACGUCCGUACAGUGGAUUUAUCAUUCCAUUUCAUGUUUGUCACUAGAAAAUUUUAAUUGAAUUAUUGGGGUAAAAUACCCCUCGUACCAUCAAACUCUUAGAAUUGGGGGAAGAAUACCAUUAAAGUACAAAUAGGGCACUAAAUGUCAUUUAAGUUAAUAAAAUGUGCAUCUCUCUACUUUUUCAUCCACCCUACUAAGUACUAACAGAAGAAAAAAGAAGUGUUGACCAUGGUGAAAUACACCGGUGAGUGGUGAGCUAGCUUUUGCUAUAAUAAAAAAAAACAAAUUACCCAAAAUUCUUUGAAUCCUCUUUCUCAAGCGAACAUAUGGAUCCGUCUCUCCAAACCUUCUUCAAUUUUUGCCAACAAAUCCUCAUUCGUGUCAAAAGUUUCAUUUAGGCGGAUGUUUUGAAUUUCGAUAUGAAGGAGGAAGGGUAAUGGCUAGUGAGACUUUGAUGCAGGCAAGGGACAACUGUGAGGAAGCAGGGUGACGGAGGAGGAGAAAGAAUAAGAAGAGGAUCGUCGGGAGGAGGUUCUUUCACGCAAUUUUGGUGUUGUUGGUUUUCCCAUUUCAAAACAGGGGAGAGAGAAGUUGUAAAUCUAUGGAUCUCUCUUACGACGGCAUUCUCUGAUCUCUUACGACUACUUCGUCGUUGAAGACGACGACGACGAAUGAAAGCGUCUAACAAAUUCUCCUAAAUCAAUCACUGUUUCGUAUUCAAUGAAAUUUGCGUUUCUAGAGAAGCCAUAAAGAAUAACGGUGGGUUUGAUGAGAAGUAUAGGAGAGAGGUGUGAGGUGGGAUUUUGUUAAAGACAAAUCUGUUCUUCAAUUUUGGCUAUGGAGAAAUUUGUGGGUGGGAGCAAUUUACAGAGAGAAAACGAAAAAAGUGGAGGAAAUAAGUUUUAUUUUAUUGAAUUUCUUGGUUCGGAUAAUUUAUUCGUUCUUUUAUUUGAAUAAAAGAUAGAGCCGACAAUCUAUAAAGCUCAUGGUGGCUGAGGUGACAAAUUUUUUCUAUCAUUUGUUGAAUCGAUGGAAAAUUGGAUAGAUGCACAUUUUAUUGACUUGAAUGAUAUUUGGUGUCCUAAUUACACUUUAGUGGUAUUCUUAUCCCAAUUCUUAAAAUUCAAUGGUAUGAAAUACAUUUUACCCAAAUUAGUGGUCACUAACUCUACAGUUCUGAUGAAGUGUAAUGGGUAGUUCGAUUUACCCUCCCUGCAGCUUAUUACUUGCCUUUCUUCCCCAUGUGUUGCAUCUUGCAAGACCAAGGUGGUGCAGUGACCCAUAUUGAGUUGUUGUGGCUCCGCCACGUAUGCGUUGUGAGCUGCCCUGCAGCGCUAUCAAACCUCCAACCACCUCGUAUUGCGAGAAUUUUCAAUCGAUACAAGGGAUUAUACACAUAUCUCAAUUUCUUCUAUCAUAUACAAAUUUCCAAUCACGAUGUCACGGAAUGAGGGACUACACAACAUCAGUGUUGCACAUCCAAUCCUUUAGGUCUGAACACUGAUACCACUUAUUGAGAUCGAACACUACAAAUUAGUACAAAAAUGUUGGAUUUGCUCUUGAACACCAUGCUAAAAUUAGUACUUUUGAGUGAGUAAGAUUUGAAUGGGAGUUAGAUUUCAGUCCAUCAUCAAACUGAAAUCCAACUCCCAACAGCAAUUGGAUACGAUGAGUCCAAUGUCCUAAACUACUCACUCAACUUAGCCCAAUAACAAUCCGUAAUGGAUAAGGAGAACAGGUCCAAAAAAAUAUUUCAUGGGCCGGGCCCACAAACCGAAACAUAUAUAAACCGCCCGAACUCCAGCUUGGACUAUUCUUCUCCUCCUCCAAUUCCUCUUCCCCACCGUCUUCGGAGAACCAGCCAGCAGCCAGAAAAGAACACCGCCGUCGCCGUCAUCAUUAAAAUCCCCCGCGAAAAUCCCUAUAUCCUCUCUCUCUAGCCAUUCCCAUCGUUACAAAAUUCUCCCUCCCAAGAAAAUCGAAGGAAAAUCCUGCAAAAAAGAAACCCCUCGAUUGAUGCCGUCUGUUGAUCUUGCGGAUCCAACUGCGGAACCCAUCGAUUUCCGGCGCCGGGUGGUCCAGAACGUCCAAUCUUUCAUUCAGAAACUGUUGACGAUGGCUGGGAAGGGAGCGACGAAGGCUGCCAGCACUCGCUCUGCCGAAACCACCACCGUCAAGAGGGUCGCCGGCGGCGGCGCCGGGAAGAGGGAGGAGAGGAACAAUUCCAAUUCCGCCGCGACGGCAGCGAAGCGGCCCAAGGCGGCGUUGACCGCGCCCACGGUCAGCUCGAGCGCCAAGGAUGUCAGUAACAACAACAACAACAACAAACCGUUAACAAGAGCAGCAGCUGCUGCUGCUGCAAAAGCUUUAGAAGAGAAGCUGAAAUUGGAAGGUGGAGCGACGAAGGGCUCUGUUGAUUCCAAGGCAAAGGCUUCAGGAGGGGCAGCAAAGGUAGCGGUAAAGAACCAGAAGGAAGUUCCUCCGAUGGCGAAGAAGCAACCAGUUCCUAAGAAUGCAACUCCGAAGGAGAAACCUGAGGCAGCUUCGAAAGCUCAAGCUCAAACUCAGUCUCAACCUACAGGGGAGAAGCUGAAGCUAGGGCCACAGAAGACCAGUCCGAAGGCGAAAGCUACCAAGCAGAAUGCAGAAGAACAACAAGGUUCGAAAGGGUCGCCGAGAAAACAGCAGCAGAGGAAGAAGGCAGCGAAUCCUUCCCUGUCGCAGAGCAAGGAAGCAGUGGAUCAAGGGAUGACAUAUUACCUGAAGUGCGAUGAAGCAUUGUAUGCUGAUUUAGUGGGAGGGGAUGAAGGGGAUAAUGACUGGAAGCUAGGGGAGAACUGCAUGAUUUGCGAGACGGAUCUGGCAUAUGCACCUGUCCCACCUGAGACCGAAUCGGGGGCUGUGAACUUCCCUGAAGCUGCGGUUCUAGGGUGCGGCCAUGUCUUCCACUCGCUGUGCUUGGAUAUGGCUUCCGAUGGGCAAGGCGGCGAGCCUGAUUGCUUCAUAUGUGCAAGCCUUAGCUGAAAGCACGCACGAAUUCCUUACAGAAGUGUAAAUCGUAGGAGGAAUCAAAGUGGUAGACAUAAUUGUUAGACUGAGAUAAGAGAGCAAAUUUUUUGAAUGGUUCGGCCAUAGGAAGAGCAACCAAUUCAUGUUUCUUCCAUGGGUUAUAGUAGUAGAGGAUAGAGUCAUAAAAUGAACAUUUUGAU